AAUUCUGCUAGUUUCAGCUGGUUGGUUCUUUCCAGAUGUUCUUGAUUUUGAAGCUGCAGUAUCUGCUAGUUAUAUGCUUUUGCUGAGAUUGGUUGUUGCUAUGUUGAUGAGGAGAUGGGCUUCUGAUGAUGUUGUAAGGCAUGAUGUGCAGUACUGUUGUGUAUUCUGCACUGUUGUGUUGUAUAUGGUUGGUUUAAGCAGUUUGCUAAGGUUUUCCAGCUGGGUGCCAUGGUGUUGGGGUAGAAUUCUGCUAGUUUCAGCUGGUUGGUUCUUUCCAGAUGUUCUUGAUUUUGAAGCUGCAGUAUCUGCUAGUUAUAUGCUUUUGCUGAGAUUGGUUGUUGCUAUGUUGAUGAGGAGAUGGGCUUCUGAUGAUGUUGUAAGGCAUGAUGUGCAGUACUGUUGUGUAUUCUGCACUGUUGUGUUGUAUAUGGUAUGCAGAUCUAGAAGUCUAGGUAUUGAGCUGUGA